UCAGACAUUUAUCACAUCCUCUCAUCUCUCUAGUAAUUGUCUCGUACGGGCUCAGUCGGACAAGGUAUCUGCUUUUGGGGCUUGUCGUGUUGACAUCUCGCAGAGAGAGUUACUUCCCUCCGAGGCUGCUGGAGAUAAAUCCUUUAUCUCUUGUGUUGUGUUAUCGCCAUCUCUUCCAUCCAGCUGACUACACCGGUGGUGGCAGAGCGGACGCGCUUGAUGGCUGCUGCACUUAACGGACCGGUGUGAAUCUUUUAUUUCCCUUUUCCUUCUUCUCCCACCCUCAACAUCCUCUGAUACAGAAAAGAAAAAGAAAAAAAACAAACUCAACAAAACAACAACAAGAGAAGCAACAAUGACAGAGCAGGUGAGCCAGGAGUCGUGCCCCGUCCCAGACUCGAGUGUUGUGGAUCCGUGGCCGGCCACGGUGCGGAACGGCCAGUGCGCCGUGGACGGUUUCAGCAACCAGCAGCAGCAAGGCCAGACCACCGACCCGUCCUUCACCAGCAACCAGGAGAUGAAGAUAGCUGACAGCGUGGAUGGAGAAGGUCUCCUCGAGAGCAGCAUGCGUCUGAAGCCCCAUGAAGCACAGAGCUACAGGAAGAAGGCUCUCUGGGUGUCAUGGAUCUCCAUUUUUGUCACUCUUAUACUGGCCGUGGCAGCUUUCACUGUAUCAUUCAUGCGACACAGUGCGUCAGCCUUCGGAUUUGCUUUUGAUGCCACGCUGGAUGUUAUGUCAUCAGUCAUUGUCCUCUGGCGCUACAGCAAUGCAGCAGCUGUGCACUCUGCACACAGGGAGUAUAUAGCAUGUAUAGUCCUGGGGGUUGUGUUUGUUCUCUCCUCCCUGUGCAUCCUCGGAAAGGCCAUCCAUGGUCUGGUCGCCAAGAUGCCUCCACAGGUGGAUGACUUCCUGUUCAGCGUGUCCAUAGUGAGUGGGUUCGCAUGUGGUGUGCUGGCAGUGGUCAAGUUCAUGCUGGGAAGAAAGCUGACUAGUCGAGCACUUAUUACCGAUGGGUUUAACUCUUUGGUUGGCGCUAUAUUGGGCUUCUCUAUUCUCAUCAGUGCCGAAGUCUUUGAUGAGCACCCGAGUGUCUGGUUUUUGGAUGGGACCAUCGGAGUUCUUAUUGGACUCAUCAUUUUUGCCUACGGGGUCAAGCUCCUGACGGACAUGGUACCGCGCGUAAGACAGACGAGGAACUACGAACGCUUUGAGUGAGAGACCAGGAUGUAAACCAGAUGAGCAGUUUCAGGCACAGACGCAGCCAAACAUGUACGCAGAUUCCUCGCGCUCUCUUCUCUCUCGUUUUCAUACACUCCUGCAUCCACGUUCGCUCUCACAGUCAGAAAGACAAUACUCACUUGUGUUCCAGUACAUCCACAUAUGCUGUAUAUCCUGUACAUAGUACACACAUAUGUUCAUGCACACACGUAAAGAAGUCUGAAAGACGAUGGAUGAAGACCGUCUUCUGGAAGGAAAACCUCUCAGUGGGAGAAUUUCUGCCUCUUUUCUUCUGAUUUUGUUCGUGAAAGUACCAGUUUAAAGAUUGCCCCCUGGAUGAGUACAAGCGGAGAUACUAAACUAAUUAAAAGAUGCACAAGAACAGCUUUGGCCUUGUCCAGGAGGACAGACAUUAAUGCAGCUAAGAAAACACUGUUCAUGCCAACACUGCUUUUGCUUCUUUGUUUUUCUUGUUUUUUGUUUUAGUUUAUGAAAUGGAGUGGUUUUUCUUCUUAAAGUUUUUCAUGAAAUUGUUAACCCAAUCCAGAUACUAAACAAUAGGUUGUUAAUGAGCUUUCAGUUUUCUGUUUUGCAACAUCCAGUUGUUGGACGCAAACUAAGUUAUUAACUUAUUUACAAAAUAAUAUAAUAAUUCCGUGGAGACCCUGACCUGCCUGUUCACAUGAGGUCUACUUUGUAUCUGAGAGAAAAAAGGUAGAUGAAAGUAGAAAAAACAAAACAAAAAAUUAAAACUCGUACAGGGUAUUUUCACCAAACGCUGCCCUUUGGAGGCGUGUGGCAAUGUACGAUCUUAAAACUCUAGAUGAAAG